CAGCUGGCCAUAGCUGGCAUCCACCACAUGCGAAGGGAGCGCUCCAUCAGGCGAGCUCCCACGAGUGACAGACGAGCACCGCGGGCAACACUACAGGCGAAAUCGAACCCAUCAGGCGAGUUCACCACUCGCCUUCCACGCCCGCAGGCGAGUACGCUCCUGGCGAGAUCUCCUCGCCUCACCUUCCACGCCCGCAGGCGAGUUCCAUCAUGCCCUCGCCUCUCCCCGCCGACGCCGUUCUCUGCCUCCGUCUCCGACGAUCGCCGUCGUCGCCGUUGAGGUAUACAAGGGAAAAUGAGGGAUUACCAACUAGCUGGGCUGAAUUGGCUAAUUCGGUUAUAUGAAAAUGGAAUAAUGGGAUUUUAGCUGAUGAAAUGGGUCUUGGGAAAACGUUGCAAACCAUCUCUCUGUUGGGCUAUUUACAUGAAUUCAGAGGAAUUACAGGGCCUCACAUGGUGGUGGCACCAAAAUCCACUCUUGGCAACUGGAUGAAGGAAAUUCGACGAUUCUGUCCCGUGCUGCGUACUGUAAAGCUUUUGGGAAAUCAAGAUGAAAGGAAACAUAUACGCGAAGACUUACUGGUUGCUGGGAAGUUUGAUGUAUGUGUUACAAGUUUUGAAAUGGCCAUCAAAGAGAAAACUGCUUUGAGACGCUUCAGUUGGCGCUAUGUUAUUAUUGAUGAGGCACAUCGGAUAAAGAAUGAGAAUUCUCUUCUGUCGAAGACAAUGAGACUUUAUCAUGCCAAUUAUCGCCUUCUUAUUACGGGCACCCCACUUCAGAUGACUAGACUUUUGGACAUCCUUGAAGAUUAUUUAAUGUUCCGUGCAUACCAGUACUGUCAUAUAGAUGGAAAUACUGGUGGAGAAGAACGUGAUGCUAAAAUUGAAGCCUUCAAUCAACCUGGAAGUUCAAAGUUUAUCUUCUUGCUUUCAACAAGAGUAGGCGGCCUGGGGAUUAAUCUUGCCACCGUAGAUAUAGUUAUCCUUUACGAUAGUGACUGGAACCCUCAGGUUGAUUUACAAGCUCAACAUCGGGCGCAUAGGAUUGGUCAAAAGAAAGAAGUUCAAGUGUUCUGUUUUUGCACAGAGUACCCUAUUGAAGAAAAAGUGAUUGAGAGAGCAUAUAAGAAACUUCCAUUUGAUGCUUUGGUGAUUCAACAAGGGCGCCUAGCCGAGCAGAAAACUGUGAAUAAAGAUGUGCUGUUGCAGAUGGUGAGGUUUGGUGCUGAAAUGGUUUUCAGCUCCAAGGACAAUACACUAACAGAUUAAGAUGUUGACCGAAUUAUAGCUAAAGGAGAAGAGGCAACAACAGCCCUUGAUACUAAAAUGAAAAAGUUCACAGAAGAUGUCAUCAAGUUUAAGAUGGAUGACAAUGCUGAUUUGUACGAUUUUGAUGAUAAGAAGGAUGAUGAUAAUUAAAGUUGACUUUAAAAAACUUGUUAGUGAGAACUGGACAGAACCAUCCAAGAGGGAACGUAGACACAAUUAUUCUGAACCGAUUACUUCAAACAUGCAUUACGCCAAGGUGCUCCAACAAAACCAAGAGAGCCACGGAUUCCCCGAAUGUCGCAGCUGCAUGACUCUUAGUUUUUUAACGUCCAAAGAUUGAACAACUUAUAUGAAAAAGAAGUACGGUAUUAUCUUGCGGUGUGAACGUGGGGCCACGAAUAGCCAGCAGACGCGUUUUCAGCAAACAUAUUUUUUCUUUCAAAAACGUGUGGGGGCCACAACGUGGAGAAGUUGUUCAGCGGACCACAACAUGGAGAAGUUGUUCAGCGAGCUAAGAGGCCCACCCGAGAUCAAACCUGCGUGCUUAUAAAUGCACGCUGAACAAAAACCCUAGGGCUGUGUGCAAAGAGGGUGUGUGCAGGCAGAGAGGAGAAAUUAGCUUCGAUCAAAUAGAGCAGAGGCUUGGUGUAGAGAGGAAAAGGCGGCAUACAAAAACAUCAAAUCCUUUUCUCAGUUGUGCAAAGGCAGAGGGUUUUCUUAGGCUGCGUGCAACAGAAAAAUCAGAGGCUCCUUUGGCUCUUUUGAGAGAGAGAUUAUGAGGGAUUUGAGAGAUUGUUUGAGGAUUUUGGUUGUGAGAUUGUAAACCCUAGUUGUAUUCUCUCGCUCUAAUUGUAGAUCUUCCCCCUUCUUGUCCCGUGGAUGUAUGCAAUUUACCGAACCACGUAAAAUAGUUUGUUUUA